AUGAACAGGCAAUCCACAGGCAUGAGUCUCCAGAGGCUAGAAGGGGUCAACGACCUCUCUUCCCUCUCUCCAGUCUCAGACGAUAUCAUAGUGUCAUGUCUGCGCGAACGUUUCAUGUCAGACAACGUCUAUACCAGCAUAGGAUCAUCCGCUCUCGUCGCAAUCAACCCCCACAAAUACGUACCUUCAAACGCUGACUCAGUUCUCCAAAAAUACGCUGCUGAUUAUCGAGACACUUCAGAGCAUAGAGCUCCUCUCCCUCCCCAUAUCUUCCAGCUCGCAAAUAAUGCUUACUACCACAUGAGAAGAACUUCCCAGGAUCAGUCCAUAUUGCUAAGUGGUGAGACAGGUAGCGGAAAGUCUGAAAACAGGCGACUUGCUAUCAAGACCCUUCUCGAGCUCAGUGUGAGCAACCCAGGCAAGAAGGGCUCCAAACUCGCGGGCCAGGUUCCCGCGGCAGAGUUCGUCAUUGAAUCUUUCGGAAAUGCACGCACCCUCUUUAAUCCAAACGCCUCUCGCUUCGGUAAAUAUACCGAGCUCCAGUUCACCGACAAAGGUCGUCUAUGUGGUAUUAAGACCCUUGACUAUUAUCUUGAGCGCAAUCGCGUAGCGGGCGCACCGUCUGGCGAGCGUAAUUUCCAUAUAUUCUACUAUCUUGUCGCUGGAGCUACAGCUGAAGAAAGACAGCAUCUACAUCUUCUCGACAAAACCAACUACCGUUAUCUCGGCUCACGUGGCGCCAUUGCUCCUCGCCAGAAUGCUGUGCGAGAUGAUGAUGCCAAUCGUUUCGACCAGCUCAAGGUGGCACUCAAGUCCAUCGGUCUGUCCAAGCGCCAUGUUGCACAAACCUGUCAGCUUGUCGCUGCCAUCCUUCAUCUUGGCAAUUUAGAAUUCACGGUUGAUCGUUCUCGUAACGAAGAUGCUGCUGUGGUGCGGAACGUCGACAUAUUGGACGUAGUUUCAGAGUUCCUUGGAGUGCAGCCUUCAGCGUUGGAGGCGGCGUUGUCAUACAAGACUAAGAUGGUCAAGAAAGAGCUGUGUACCGUUUUCCUUGAUCCGGAUGGCGCAUCUGACAACAGAGAUGAUCUGGCCAAGACCCUUUACUCGUUACUAUUUGCUUGGCUCAACGAGCACAUUAACCAACGUCUAUGCAGAGAUGACUUCGAUACGUUCAUCGGACUCUUCGACUUGCCUGGUCCUCAGAACAUGACUAGCCGACCCAACUCGUUGGACCAAUUCUGCAUCAACUUCGCCAAUGAGCGCUUGCAAAGCUUCACGCAGAAACGUCUUUUUGAGAGCCACGUUGACGAGUACACCAAUGAAGGCAUCUCACGAUUUGUGCCUACGGUGCCGUACUUUGACAAUUCAGAGUGUGUGCGCCUGUUGCAGAACAAGCCCGGUGGUCUCAUCCACAUCAUGGACGACCAAGCGCGUCGGGCGCACAAGAAGACGGACCACAGUAUGGUCGAAGCAUUUGGGAAGCGAUGGGGCAAUCAUUCAUCGUUCAAGAUGGGCUCAUUGGACCGUGCCGGUUUCCCCACUUUCACUGUCAACCACUUCAAUGGCCCUAUCACUUACUCUGCAGAAGGCUUCUUGGAGCGUAACUUGGAUGCUCUGAACCCGGAUUUCGUCUCUUUGUUGCGUGGCGCGACCAAUGUUUCUGAUGGGACGGAGGGUUCUGGAUCUAUUAACCCAUUCGUAAAAGGUAUUUUCUCGGGCAAAGCCAUCGCCACCCAGGCACACCCCAAGAACGAGGACACGAUUGUGUCAGCACAACAACCUAUCAAACCUAUGCGGGCUCCGUCGAUGCGCAGAAAAGGCACCGUGAAGCGCAUGCCUACGUUACGUGAGGGAGAUGGUGAUGAAAGGGACCGUGAUGAUGAAGAAACAUCUGGUGGUGCGCCAUGCGUUGCGGGCGAGUUCCGUGCGGCGCUAGAUACGCUCUUCGAUACUGUCGCCGAGACUCAAGCGUGGUAUGUAUUCUGUGUGAACCCCAAUGACUCUCAGCUGCCGAAUCAGCUUGAGGGCCGCUCUGUCAAGGGACAGGUUCGUAGUGCGGGUUUGUCGGAAAUUGCGAGAAGAAAUGUGAAUGUGUUUGAGGUUGGUAUGACGCCGGAGGAGUUCUGCGAUCGUUACAAGGAACCUAUGGGCGCUAUGGGCAUUAUGUCUAGUGACCCACGGGAGCGAGUUGAGCAAUGUCGAUCGCCACUUGGUGUUAGUGAGCGAGAUGUGGUCCUUGGUAACUUCAAGGUCUUCUUGUCUGGAGUUGCCUUCCACAAACUUGAAGAUCAGCUUCGCUCUCGGGACGUCGAAGAACAGAAGCGCAACCGCCUUCGUGAUGCUGAGGCUGAGGCCGGACUUGACCCACGAGGAUUGAGCGACCCAUAUGCUCCUUACUCUUCACCUGACGCUCACGGAGACGAUUCACCUUACUUUGGGGACGGCUUCCAACAAUCCAAGGAGGGACUUCCUCUCGUUGCCAAUGCUUCACCUUUCCAACGCGCUGACAUGUAUGACGACGAUUAUGAAGAACGUAAAUCCUUCCGCAGCGAAGACUUCGAUGGUCGCAGCAGACUCACUAGUAAUCGCGACGACUCCGUCUCUAACUUUGGCACGGAAUCCUAUGCCCCAUCACGCAAUAUGUUCCAGAACUUGGACAAGCAAGGACUGAUGGAUAAGGAACCGCUGCCUGGUGAAAUACAGGAAGGCGAGACCGCUGAAGUAGUGAAAGAGUCGUCUGCGAGGAGAAAAUGGGUUAUGUUGUGUUGGAUGCUUACUUGGUGGGUUCCGUCGCCAUUCUUAAAGUGGUUCGGACGCAUGAAGCGCGAGGACGUGCGCCAAGCGUGGAGAGAAAAGCUUGCGCUUAACAUUAUCAUUUGGUUUGUCUGUGGAUGUGCGGUAUUCGUCAUCGCUGUGCUCGGUCUUAUCAUAUGUCCGAGGGAAUACGUUUUCAGCGCUUCAGAACUUGAAUCCCACUCUUACCAGAACUCACCUAACAACGUCUACACUUCUAUCCGCGGCGAGGUAUUCGAUCUCACGGAGGUUGCAUCCACACAUCAAACUGUUGUCAGUGUCGUAUCUGAGAAAUCGGUCUUACAGUACGGUGGUGUCGCAGCUGAUAAUAUCUUCCCCGUUCAAGUCAGCGCAUUGUGUAACGGUGUUAGUGGUACUGUUAGUCCAUGGGUCAUCCUCGAUUCCAGCAACGACACCGACCCCAACUCUCAAUAUCAUGAUUUCCGUGCCUGGACUAACGAUUCCCGCCCUGACUGGUACUUUGAAAGUAUGACCAUGAUGCGUUGGAAAAACCGAGUCGGAUAUAGUGGCUACACUCCCCAGGAAAUCGGUAACCUCGCAAGCUCGGGCAAGUCGAUAGGUAUUUACAACAACCUCAUCUACGACUUGACUUCGUAUGUCAAUAACGGUCCCGCAAUACACCCUCCUAAUGGCGAAAACGCACCUGCUGAUACGGACAGAUUCUUCAUGGACGGUUCCGUUGUCGAUCUCUUUAAAUACAAUUCAGGUCAAGAUCUCACGAAGCAACUGGACAACCUCAACAUCGAUAGCGCCGUUUUAGAACGUCAAAAAGUCUGUUUGCGCAACUUGUUUUUGAUGGGCAUGGUGGACCACCGUGAAUCUGCUCAAUGUCAAUUCUCAUCGUAUCUCCUCCUCGCCCUUUCCGCUGUCAUGGUCGCCAUCAUCGCGUUCAAAUUCAUAGCAUCUCUCAAUUUCGGUUCUCCUCGUGCGCCUGAAGACCACGACAAGUUUGUUAUCUGUCAGGUUCCUUGCUAUACGGAAGGCGAAGGAUCCCUGCGCAAAACUAUUGACUCGCUGGCGCAGCUCAAAUAUGACGAUAAGAGGAAGCUUCUGCUUGUCAUUUGUGAUGGUAAUAUCGUUGGUUCCGGAAACGACCGUCCCACUCCUCGCAUCGUCCUCGAUAUUUUGGGUGCAGAUCCUAACUUGGAUCCCGAGCCUCUGAGUUUCCUUUCUCUCGGUGAAGGAUCUAGACAGCACAACAUGGGUAAAGUGUACUCUGGGCUCUAUGAAUGCGCUGGACACGUUGUUCCCUACCUCGUCGUUGUCAAAGUUGGCAAGCCAACAGAGCGUUCACGUCCAGGCAAUCGUGGUAAGCGUGACUCGCAGAUAGUAAUCAUGCAUUUCCUCAACAAGGUCCAUUUCAACUCGCCCAUGAACCCGAUGGAACUGGAGAUGUACCACCAGAUCAAAAACGUCAUUGGAGUGAACCCUACUUUCUACGAGUAUCUUUUCACUGUCGAUGCCGAUACAACGGUGGAACCUCUUUCCGUCAACCGUUUGAUUUCUGCGAUGAUUCACGACAAGAAGGUUCUCGGUGUUUGUGGAGAGACGGAGCUUACUAACGCCAAGCAAUCUAUCAUCACUAUGAUGCAGGUGUAUGAAUACUUCAUUUCUCAUCAUAUGGCGAAAGCGUUCGAGAGUCUUUUUGGUUCCGUCACUUGUCUUCCCGGUUGUUUCACGCUCUACCGUCUUAGGACGCCCGAUACACACAAGCCUCUCUUGAUCUCGAAUCAAAUGGUCCAAGACUAUUCUGAAAAUCGUGUCGACACUCUGCAUAUGAAGAACUUGUUGCAUUUGGGAGAAGAUCGUUAUCUCACUACGCUCUUACUCAAACAUUACCCAAUGCAUAAGACUCAGAUGAUCCGUGAUGCACAUGCGUACACUGUAGCCCCCGAUGAUUGGAAGAUCUUGCUUUCCCAGCGUCGUCGAUGGAUCAACUCUACAGUCCACAACCUUGGAGAGCUGAUCUUCUUGGAGCAACUGUGUGGAUUCUGUUGUUUCUCUAUGCGUUUCAUCGUUAUGAUGGAUUUGCUGUCAACUUUGACGCAGCCUGUUACGGUCGCAUAUAUCGUUUAUCUCGUCGUCUCAGUCGUUGGUGAAGGAAACACCAUCCCUACCAUUUCUCUCAUCAUGAUUGGUGCUAUUUACGGUUUACAAGCGUUAGUCUUCAUUCUGCGUCGCAAAUGGGACAUGGUGGGAUGGAUGUUUUUCUACAUCUUGGCCAUUCCGAUCUUCUCCUUCAUCCUCCCGCUUUAUUCGUUCUGGAAGAUGGACGACUUCUCGUGGGGUGCUACCCGUGUGGUGUUGGGUGAGUCUGGUAAAAAGAUAAUCGUGCAUGACGAAGGCAAAUUCGACCCACGCGUCAUUCCUUUGAAGUCCUGGAGUGAUUAUGAAAAUGAGCUCUGGGAUAAGGAGUCCAAUCACAGCAUCGGUUCGUGGGUGCCUCCAACGAAAUUACAGAAUGAGGGAUAUGCCGAGUCACGCACUGCUUCCUUGUACGGCCGCGAGACCCACUACGAUCCACGAAGCUACUCACCGGCGCCUUCGCAAUUCGGGGGAAUGAUGCCCCCGCCUGGGUAUCAAUCUGGCCGCAAUACACCGCUCUCGAUGUCUCAAAUGCGACCAAUGAGCGAUGUUGGCAUGCUUUACCAGCCUAUGCCAUCAAGGCCUGUGACCAACUACCUUGAUAUGCCAAUACCGACGACGCGCAGCCCUGAAAAUAUGGAUAUGGGUUAUAAUGGCCCAACGGACGCUGAUCUGGAUCAUGCAGUACAAGAAUUUAUUCGCGCCGCCGACUUGAACUCUGUGACGAAGCGUGAAGUACGCAGGCAGCUUGAAGAACACUUUGGGAUGGAUUUGACAUCGAGAAAAGCUACAAUUAAUGCUUCGAUAGACCGGGUUCUACUCAGUCACGCUUAA